GUACAAAAAUCCGUGGAAAUUGCCAUAUUUCUGUUUUGCGCUGUAUUUGCUGGCUUGAUGAUUCCCUCUUGUAUGAAUGACGCACCAAUUGACUGGGCAAUUCAAUCUACAAAGUGGUUCCCUUUGUUUGGGAGCCCCACUGCAUUUUAUUUUGAACUCAACAUUUCCUCUAUUGACGGAGGAUUCGCAGAUAUUGUAAUUGACUCUGUUGGUAAUUUUCCAUCUCAUCUCAGAGGCAGUUGUGCUGAUCUCAUUACUGGAGUUGACAAAUGAAGUAAUGUCCAAGGCUGGAGUUUCCUGAAUAAAGCUAAGAAAAGAAAGAACGUCUGCCCAGAUGUACAAAAUUCUGUUCCAAAAGUUCCUCAGAUGAACGAAAUUGGUUUCAGAGAUUUCCGUAACACUAUUCUUAAAUUUGAUGGCCCUGAUGGCAAUCUUCAACGAUAGCUUAUCAGUUACCUGUAUAAUGGACAGCUUUCAUUUCACAUUAACAUUGAAACGCUUCUUAAUGACAGCCCUGAUACCCGCAUCAUUAGAAUCCCUGAACAUUAUGGGAUCAGCAUUAACAGACGUUUCGAUGACAUGGAAAACAUUUUGGAGAAAAAAAGUGAAAUAAUAAGAGGGACAUUUUUCCCUAAAACGACCCCGAAAGUAAAGUCAAUUCCCGAUCAAUUCAAAAAGUUCUCAAGAGCUGUGUCAUUUGACAUGGGAGCCUCCAGGCUUUAUGACAUGAAAAUCCAUUUACUGAGGUGACUAUGAACAAUAGCUGCAAGUAGACAAAUCUCCUAGAUAAAAUUUCUGUGUUCCAAAACGAUGGCAGGAUGCUCAAGAGAGUGUUCUACCUCAAUUAAUUGCCAAACAACACGUGUCCUCGAUAAUCGAGCGAGUUCCAUUGAUUCAUGCGAUGAGACUACACCACUCAUCUCAAUACCACGAGGUCCUUCAAGGAGUGCAGUAGAAGUUUGCAUUCUUAUUUUUAUUUUCUUCGGAGGCUUUGCCAUUGGAGUCUAUCUUCUUAUUGUUGAAGGAGAAGAACGACCAGCAAAUUUUCCUUUUUACCUUGUUGAACGAGCCGAAUGGGGUGCUUCGGGGGAACCACAGGGACAACCACUGAAUCACCGGAUUGUGAAUCACGUUUUAGUGUUCCACACGCGUAGUGUUCAGUGCGAGGGCUACAGGUGCGCACAAAUAAUGCAAUCGCUCCAACAUGACUUCCGUGGACGCAAUUUUUCGGAUGUACCGCACAAUUUUCUCGUGAGCAACGACGGACGGACAUUUGAGGCACAAGGAUGGAGACUGCAAAGUGAAUUUAGUGGACUGGCUGAGCGUAAUAUUUCACUGGCAGUCGGACUAAUAGGUAAUUUUACACAGCUGACACCAAAGAAGCAUCAGCUGGAGGAGACACGCGCUCUCAUAAAUGAAGCCAUACACAGGGGCAAGUUGAAUCGUAACUUUGGGAUAUUUGUCGUACGCAAUGCCACUGAACAUCCACAAGAUGCUCAAGCGAUGAUUGAUGCUGUGAAAUCAUGGCCCAACUGGCGGCAUGUGAUUGAAUACUCGUGAAAUUCCUUCUUAUACUUUUUUUUCAAUUCAUUUUAUUCAAUGUAAACAUGUCAUCUCAUAUUUUUCGUCAUUUUUUUACAAAUUGUAUUCUCUUUUCUUUUAUUUUAAAUUAAAAAAAAAAUAAACAUCUAUUAUAAGUUUGAUUUAACAAAUGUUUAAGACUCGAAAUAAAGAAAAUUAUAAAAACGAAAAAA